AUGUCUGUACAGUGCAAGAUUUGUGGAAAGUGUUUUAGGGUAGCAAGACAACUAAGCAGGCAUGAAAGAGUUCACACGGGGGAAAAGCCUUACGAAUGUAAACAGUGUGGCAAGUGUUUUAGUGAAGCAGGACACCUAAGGAGGCAUGAUAGAGUUCACACUGGGGAAGCCCCUUACAAAUGUAAACAGUGUGGCAAGUGUUUUAAUCAAGCAGUACUCCUAAGGAGACAUGAAAGAGUUCACACUGGGGAAAAGCCUUAUGAAUGUAAACAGUGUGGCAAGUGUUUUAGUCAAGCAGUACACCUAAGGACUCAUGAAAGAGUUCACACUGGGGAAAAGCCUUAUGAAUGUAAACAGUGUGGCAAGUGUUUUAGCGAAGCAAAAACCUUAAGGUGCCAUGAAAGAGUUCACACUGGGGAAAAGCCUUAUGAAUGUAAACAGUGUGGCAAGUGUUUUAGCCGAUCAGGAGACCUAAGGAGUCAUGAAAGAGUUCACACUGGGGAAAAGCCUUACGAAUGUAAACAGUGUGGCAAGUGUUUUAGUGAAGCAGGACACCUAAGGAGUCAUGAAAGAGUUCACACAGGGGAAAAGCCUUAUGAAUGUAAACAGUGUGGCAAGUGUUUUAGCGGAUCAGGAACCCUAAGGAGCCAUGAAAGAGUUCACACUGGGGAAAAGCCUUAUGAAUGUAAACAGUGUGGCAAGUGUUUUAGCCGAUCAGGAGACCUAAGGAGUCAUGAAAGAGUUCACACUGGGGAAAAGCCUUAUGAAUGUAAACAUUGUAGCAAGUGUUUUAGUGUAGCAGGACACCUAAGGAGACAUGAAAGAGUUCACACUGGGGAAAAGCCUUAUGAAUGUAAACAUUGUGGCAAGUGUUUUAGUGUAGCAGGACACCUAAGGAGACAUGAAAGAGUUCACACUGGGGAAAAGCCUUAUGAAUGUAAGCAGUGUGGCAUGUGUUUUAGUGUAGCAGGAAACCUGAGGAGGCAUGAAAGAGUUCACACUGGGGAAAAGCCUUCUUACGAAUGUAAACAGUGUGGCAAGUGUUUUAGUGAAGCAGGACACCUAAGGAGGCAUGAAAGAGUUCACACUGGGGAAAAGCCUUACGAAUGUAAGCAGUGUGGCAAGUGUUUUAGCCAAACAGGAAACCUGGGGACUCAUGAAAGAAUUCACACCGUGGAAAAGCUGUGUUUUAGCCGAUCACAUAACCUUAAUAGUCACGAAAAAGUCCACAGUAGAAAACACUCGCAUAAACGUAAUAGUAACGAAAUUGUUUCUAAAGGUUUGCCUUUUAAGAGUAAGAGGGCAGUAAGUAAUGUGAGGAUUAGAUUUACAAACGCCACACCUACACAGAGAGAGACUGGAGACAAUAGGAUAGAAGACCAGCGAUCAGACAUCAUUGAGAGACAUACCUGUUGGAUUUGUCAAGAGGAGAUGAGUAGUGAAUCUCUUCUUCUUCAACAUUAUGAAAAUCACAUGAGAUAUAUACCUUCAGGUGGUUCGUAA